GAGUUCAAUUGAUGGUCAUGUUCCAGCUUCCUUUAGGAGCUAUGCGACUGCGAAAUCGGAAAAGAUUGUACCUGUGAAGAAGAAAAAGCGGUUGGAUGAAACAUGUCUUGAUAGAUAUCAACAAUAUAGUAGAUCCAUCAUUCAGUCAUGGAUUUUGCAAGGCAAAGUACGUGUGAAUGGGAAGGUGGUAAUAAAGCUGGUACCCCUGUGUCUGAAAAAGCUGUUGUGGAGAUAAUGGCUGAAGUUCCGAAAUACGUAUGUAGAGCUGGAUAUAAGUUGGAAGCUGCCAUUGAACAGCUGGGUGUUGAUGUUGCUGGUAAAGUAGCUCUUGAUUCUGGACUGUCAACUGGAGGAUUUACUGACUGCUUACUUCAGUAUGGUGCAUCACAUGUUUAUGGAGUGGACGUAGGUUAUGGACAGGUAGCUGAUAAAGUUCGACGAGAUGAACGUGUGUCUGUUAUAGAGCGGACAAAUUUAAGAUAUCUUGCAGAGCUCCCACAAAACGUUGAUUUGGUGACUUUGGACCUCUCAUUCAUCUCUAUUCUUCUGGUCAUGCCUGCAGUUAUCAAUGUUAUGAAGGAAGAUGCAGAAUUAGUGACGUUGGUUAAACCACAAUUUGAAGCUCUCAGAUCUCAGGUAGGAAAAGGGGGGAUUGUGAAAGAUCCCAUUGUCCAUCAAGAGGUUCUUGAGAAGAUUAGCAAGGGAGUAGAGAAUUUUGGUUUCUGCAGAAGAGGUUGGAUUGAGUCUCCUCUGAAAGGUGCCGAGGGAAAUACGGAAUUCCUUGUUCAUUUCAGCAGAACCCAUAACAGAGAUGAAUCAUGAAGAAAUUGGAGAAUUUAUAUUUAAUUUAAUGCAUUUCUUCAAUCCUUAACAUGCGGGAGAGCUGUAUUCUUUGUAUAGUGACGAGUUGUUGAAGCCAUUGAAUGGUGGUGGUGGAAUUUUGUAUGAACCAUUAAAAGAAAUGAGCAGGGAUUAGUAGAAUUUGUGAGAUAUAACUCUACCCUAAAAGCUAGCUCAAUAGGUGAGAAUUGUCUUCACAUAUAUAAAGGCUAUCUUAGUCAUAUCUCUUGUCAAUGUGAGACUUCUCAACACAUCACAUCAUGCCCAUGACUGGAUAUCUGGAGCGUGGAAUAUGCAGGAAUGAACAUAUACAGGUGAUCUCCACUUAACGAAUCUAGGAUAGGCUAUGAUAUCAUAAUAGAAUUUGUGAGACAUAACUCUACGAAAAGCAUGCCAAAUAGGUGAGGAUUUUCUUCACAUAUAUAAGAGUUAUCUUGGUCUAUCUCUAGUUAAUAUGUGUAGACUGAAUAAUGUGAUGAUUAAUAUAUACAUGGCGCUUUGGGCCUGGAAAUGUAAUAAACAGCUGUAUCUGUUAAACUCCUUACAUACCACUUGGACAUACAUAUUCCUUUUA